UGCGUCAAGUGCUCCUCGUGAACAGAAAGAGUUGCAUUGUAUAGCAGUGAGGGGCAAGGCCCAGACUAUAAAUACAGCGCCAGUUCUCAGUGAGUGGCAGAGUGAGUACGUCAAGCAGUAUGAUGCAGGUGAAGAAGGAAAAUUUAUUGAACUACUCCCGAUACUCUCGCCUGGCGUUGAUGGUGACGGCGCGCUACAUGGCUGAGGUGUUUGAUUGGCUCUACAAAGGCGGCUCACUGGAUCUUGAGAAGUUCUUGAAACAGCGAAAGGUGAUUAGGCAAUUUCAAAAGCUUGAGCUGGAAAAGAUCAAGGUCAAAACAGAUCCAACCAACAUGGACGUCACGUGUCUAUACAAGCUGCUCUACUAUACUUGUGAUAUUCCGUCUGAGAACCCUGAGUGGAACACUGCAGUUAAGGCGGGGCAGAAACGUUCCCUGGGGCAAAUCUUGUACCGAUUGAGGGACAUCCGCAACAGUGUGAGUCACAAGGAACCCGGGACCCUGACACAAGUGUCUGACGAGAACCUGAAUGAUCUGGCCAAGGAGUUGGAAGAGCUCUUGGCAGAGAUGCUGACCCUGGCGGGCAAGGAGUGUGGGAAACAGGACAGUGUUGUUGCCGAGACAAUAUGUAACAUGAAGGCAGAUGUGGUGAGGGAGCAACAUGCUGAUGACGGUAUCACUGUCAGAGAGUUCGUAACUCUUGGUCGUCAGGAGUUGCUAAAGCGUAAAGAACGUGAGUUUUCCUACGUUGAGCCACACCUUGUGCAAAACGGCGAGAACACCUUUGAUACUGUCAUCCCCCUGAGUGGACUGCCUAGCAGCAGAUUCCGUGAUGGAUCACAGCCGCAGGUGAUACAAGUGACUGGUGAGGCUGGCGCAGGGAAGACUUCACUGUGCAAGGCACUGAUGGCGUGGUGGCUGAUGGACGAUCCCAAAGCGAAGGCUUUAGCGGACUACCAUCUUCUUUUGGAUGUCACUUGUGCUCAGGUCAAGUCGCGUGACUUGCAUCGCUACCUCCACGGGAUGCUGCCUGAAACUACCAAAUUGUGUGAUACAGCCAGCCUGACGCGGCUCCUGCGUGAAGCAAAGAUCCUAUGGUUGAUUGAUGGCUGGGACGAGGCAACUAAGGAUGCCCCAUGGCUGCUGCAGGAUCUCCUUCAGUCCAGAGGAGAGUCUCACAUUAUCCUCGCUACGUGCAGGCCGGGAUUCAGCGUCACCCUCACUAAUCAGUUUAUUGGGCAAAGGAUUUUUUACGUUUCCUUCGCUAGAUUCCAAAAAGAAGAGAUGAAGGAGCUUGUCAGGGGGAAACUUCCUGAUGUCGAUAACACUUUUUUGAAAAAUUUUCUUGAUAUCUUGCACAGUUUUCCCAAUGAGGAACAAGACGACUUCAGCAAUCCCCUGAAGCUGCAACUGAUGGCCCGCAUGUAUCUAAUGAACUGCCUCCCUGAACUGCUCCGCCAACCCUCUUUGGUUUACAUUUAUCAUAACAUGAUAGAGCGUCAGCGUUUGAGCCUCAUCGUGCGCUGUCAGAAGGACUCUGCCCCGGGCGAAGAUGUUGAACAGAAGAUUGACGCUUGGUUAGAGCGUCUUUAUAAAGUGUCCUUUGACUCAGCCAGAAGUGAUCCAUCGUUGCUUCUUACUGUAAAAAGUGUGAAAAAUUUAUCAAAAGGAUGUGGUGUCCCAGAGAAGCUCUGUCUCUCUUCCUUCCUGGCGUGUCCAUCGCUUUUCGGUGUCAUGGCCCACAGCUACGCCUUUUACCACGACACUCAGAGGUGUGUGUUCGCAACGCGACAUUUAGAGUGUUGCUGCAAGGAUGAUGACAAUCCCGAGGCUAAACUCAGAAUGGUCUUAGAUGUUGACUCAUGCGAAUUGGAAAAUCACAUGGAUCCCUACCUUGGGAUUUAUGACCUAGUGACUCAAUUCCUGCUGGUGAUAAGGAUCCUGCUAUCCAGAAUAAGUUGUGGAUGGAUUUGUAAUGAGGUACGUCAAAAAAGUCUUUGCCAGGCUUUGUUACGUUUGGCAAAAAAGUUUGUCCAUAUCGUUAAAUGUGACCACCUUCCUACUGACCGAUGGAUCGAGGCAAGUGCUUUGAGGAGUCGACUUGUUCCCGUUUUCUUGCAAGUAAUGGAAAUGUGGACCAGAGGCUUGUUCCAUGUCAGUGUUUCUGCCACCUUCUUGGUAGACCUGUUCGCCAGCCUCCUGGAAGGGGACGAAGACCCUGUCAGGUGGUUGGAAGUGAUCAGGAGAUGUGAAGUGAAUGAAGAACUGGCGAGGGCAGUGUCUCGGAAAAUUGAUGGAAGACUGUGGGUGAUUAGCGACGGAGACAUAAGAGCUGCGACGAUGCUCCUGAAGUACAUCACCCCAGAGAAGGUCACAGUGAAUGUUUCGGACUCUAAGUGGCUACCACAACUUCAUGAGCUUCUCUUAAGACUGUCCAAGACUCGUGUGAGGCUGGAACUUAACAUUCAGAGCCACCUCCAUGACCUCAACUCCAAAGAUGACUCUGAUAGUUACCUUGAACUAAUUUGUCGACCACAAGCGAAGUGUUCGCUCACGAUCUUUUCCGGACACUUGAGUGUCUCUGGCCUUCCUCUCCUCUCUGCUGCCCGGAGAUUAACAUCUCUCAACCUUAGGAUCACGCAGCCCAACGCAGUGUGCAAAUUGACUGAAGUCGCACCAAAGCUCACUCAACUCAACAGUUUGAAAUUGAUCUAUGAUAAUAAAAAGUUCAUAGUACCAGAUUCCUUUGUGGAUGGUUCUCGCGGUAUAUUUUCUCAAAAACUGCAGGUUCACUUGAUAUUACCUCACUUACGUGAGAACUCCGUGAACAUGUCUGUCAACUUCAUCUCAAGGUUCAGUGAGCAGUACUUGCGUCUCAUCGUCGGAAAUCUGGACCUGAAGGGAGUGAAAAACCUGGUGACAGGGCUAGAAAACAAAGCAGUGAUCGUUGAUACCUUUGUGAUUAAUGUUUACGUGGAGGAAUGCAAGAUGGACAUCUCCGUGAACAUCGGCUCUCUGCCCAUGCAAACUUCUAUGGGAGAUUUCCUCACUAGGUUGCACGAUCUUUUUAAGGAUCCACUGAGGCACAUGUUAUUCGUGAAGCAAAUGUAGAGAGAGAGAGAGAGAGAGAGAGAGAGAGAGAGAGAGAGAGAGAGAGAGAGAGAGAGAGAGAGAGAGACGAAAG